AUGUCGCAAACCAUUAGCCAAUUCAUCUUCUUCAUGGUGCAACCCGAGGUUCGGCCUGAAGACCCAGACAGCGCAGAGGGCCGCGACCUAAUGGGCGUCUUCCGCACGACUAAACAUCAAAGUGGUCACAGGAGUUCCGUCUGGGGCCGUGUGGUAGAAGACGAGGAUGUAAUUGUUUGGGUUGUGGAAUGGGACGAUGCCCGAUGCUCAACCACCCUUGCUCUUCUGGAACCCUUCCUCGCACCAUCGACCCAGCCUCCGACAGCCCUCUACACAACCCUUAGCCCACCGAUUUCCAGCACGGGGACACUUACCGCAAACCCGCUUACGGAAAUCUGUGUCCUACCUUUCCCCAGCUCGAUGACUGGCAAAGAGACUCGGCAGUUGAAUUGGGACCUGAUCAAUUUUCGCAUCGUGCUAAUCGAGCACUUACCCCAGACUAGUGGGCCACGGUCGUGGACUAUGGGACAUGUCGAUCGUCCUAGCACGGUGCAGCAUGCAACGAGUCCGAGUGGACGUGCUGUCUUGCAUCUUUUGGCUAUCGGGUGGGACUCGGUCGAAGCUCAUAUGCAGGCCAAGGAGACGGAGCAGUUCCAUCAGAGCGCUGCGCCGGUUCGGGAGAAGAUGUUGCCCCCCGUGCCUGGAUUGGAGAUCAAACAUGUUAGUUUCAGGAAGGUUUAA